AUGGAAAUAGGCUUGAAGAAAUCUAAGCAUCCCUGUGGCGUAUGUGCUAGACGUAAAGUUAAAUGUGACCGAUUGAUUCCCUGUACCAACUGUAUUAAAAGAGGGCAAGAGAACGAAUGUGUAGACACCGGCAAAAGAGAUGCUGAAAAGAAGGAUUACAAUUCAGAGUUAAUCAAGUUUUGGCACACCUACGAGUAUUAUGUGCUUGAUGUGGGUCUUUUCAAAUUGCAGUUGACUGAUUCCAAUGGGAAGUUGGAGGAUUUCAGUUCACGUUGGGGAGAUGUGCAAUCGAUAAUGGAUUUAGUAGAUUUGGAUCAAUCAUUUCAAUUGCUCGACUAUUCUAUGGAAAGAUUGGGACCAUUAUUUUUUGGAUGCCUUAGUGAUAUUGGUGAGAUAUAUGUUAAGUUAGACGAUUACUGGGGACGUAGGGAUGAGGGUGUUCCAUCCAACCUCGAUGAAUGCUAUUGGGAUGCACUGCUUUGGGCGAUAUUUACGAUGGCAGUAUACUACAUGACACCUGAGAAAUUGGCAACAGUAUUUUCAGAAGAUCAAUUACAAAAAUGGGUGGGUCAAGAAUCUAAAAAUACACAACUAAACCUUUUACCUGCCUUCACCGAAUGUACGAUUAUGCAACUUUACAAUGCCAAUUUUAUGGCCAAUCCAGAUAUCAAGUUAAUACAAAUUUAUUUGAUCCUUUGCAACACGAAUUUCAACUGGUCUAAUACCCAUUUAAGUAGCACGCUACUGAUACUAUGUUUGCAUGUAGCCAAAAUGUUCCACAUCGAUGACUUUAGAUCUUUGAUUAACGAUAGUACUGCAAUGAAGUUAAGUAAAUUGACCUGCGAAAAACUGUGGUAUAGAUUGUGCACUUAUGACUAUCUACAAUCUAGUCCUCAGAGAUCAAUCAGUUGUCAUGGAGAAAUUUCAUCCCUAUUACAACAUGCAGCUUACUUGGAGGAUCUGCCGAAUACAGAUGUUAACCAGAGUGAAGAUAAUUUUGAGGUAUUAUACUGGAAACUAAUCUCGUUAGAUAGGGAUUUGGAUCAGUACCUGGCAUCUCCUACAAAACCACCUUUAAAAACCUUAGAUGCUAUUCAAAGGCAAACAGAAAUUUUCCAGACCAAAAUAUCAAAUAUGGUAGAAGAAGAAUCUUUUAGUUCAGCAUUUGAAAAAUUCCUAGCAAUUUUCCUCCUGAGGAGUGUCUGUUGGAAACUUCACAAGAUGUACUUUAUCUUUUACGAUACUUCCGAUUCAUUGACAGCUUCUAUCCAUCAUGCCAAAUCUCUCAUAGCUCUAUUGGUGAAUAAUGUGAGGGCCAAAAAAAGAAUAUUCUUCAACAAGCAUCCAAUUGUCUUGAUGACUUUUUCAAGGGUGGCUUCAUUCUAUGCAUUUGCCAAUAUUUUCAUGCAGAAGCUGACAGUUGAAGAGAUUCAUGCUGAUUUGAAAGAACUUCUAGCCCAUUUGCCGCCCACGUUCGGAUAUAAACUCGAAAAUUUGACGUAUUUAGUGGACAGACUAGAUCAAUUAAAAAGCAUAUGGGAGAAGAUUAUUUUAAUAGAUUCUAAAAACCCGUUCCAGCACCCAAUUAUGUUAAUUCUUAAGAAUGAUGUAGAACGAAUCUACCAAAUUUUACAAAGGGGACCGUCAUUGAUCAGAGGCACAGGUUUGCAAAGCCCAAAAAGACUUUUCCAGGAUGAUUAUGAGUUUAACAUGGAUGACAAUAACAAAGAAAUCGCACUCAUAGUGAUAGAAUUCGAGAAGAAAUUCGAUAUUGGUGGCAUACUUACAUAA